AUGCCGAGGUGCUUGCACUAUACCGACGGUUUCAACUUCGAAACUUUUACCUACUGGCAGUCGAGCUGGACUACCACACAGGGGAAAGAUGGUGCCGGAACGCAUCUUCCGAUCUUGCCAAACAAAUAA